AUGACUUCAAACUCCUCGAGUCCGUCGCUCAGGGCGACUGCAGCUGCGAUGGACCCCCAACCUACCUCGACUCCUAUGAAGCCCGCGUCCUCACGAUCUUCCUCCACCACCAGACGCUCGAGACCCAGCCAUGUACAAACGGGCUUCCUCCCCCCCAUAUCUUCCAACUAUUCCAUGCCGAGCUCUGCGAUCAGUGCAUCCUCGAUCACUUCGAGCUCGCUCCAAGCAUCCCCGAUCAUGUCUCCCGAGACGGCCCAGCUCACCACCAACAACUCUUCCAUUCAAGGCUCGCCCGAUGGCCCUCGUGGGCGUGAGUCGGACUUUCCUCCACCUCCGUUCGAGCUUCCCGAGUCAAUCGUGUCGCGCAAGUCAAGUCAGAGCGCAAUGAGCGAGGCCAUGGCUGCGAGCAAGUCUCCUGGACUUAUCCGGAGGUUGUCCAACAGAGCGUCACAAUUCGCCGGCCGCCGACGCCAGUCUUCCACCACAGCAAUGAGCCGGGAUCACAGCAACGGCCCUGUGAUCAUGCGACGGAGGAGUGAUAGCACAAACACAGCUCCGGAAGGUCGCGGUGCCAUGUUCACCGAUUCGGACUCUGAUGCGAAUGGCGACUAUCAAGAAGGUUAUUACCUUGCAGGUACAGAGCCGGCCCGGGAUUUUCCAAGCACCACAUCCUCGAUUGGCUCGUCGACAAUAGCAACCUCACCCAGUGGGGGCGGCGCUGGACCCGUGAUACCUUCGAUACUACUUCAAGGUACCAAGUUGACCAAGGUUACCAAGAAGAAGAAGCAGCUCCUCACUUUCGUCUUGGAAAAUGAGGCCGCCAAGGUGUCCUGGGACAAGAAUCGGCCGUCCAAAUCUUUCUACAUUGAUAAUAUCAAAGAUAUUCGAAUUGGUGCCGAUGCAUCCAAUUACCGUCAAGAGGUCGGACUGCCACAGGCCGAUGAAGCAAGGUUCUUUUCCAUCAUCUACGUCAAUCCCGAGAAGUCAAAGAGCAAGCAGUCGAAAGUUAUGCAUUUGAUUGCGGACGAUGAUCAGACUUUUGACCUGUGGAUCACCACACUCGACGCAAUUUCCAAGCACCGCCAAGAUUUGAUGGCAUCGUUGUCCUCGUUCCACGACAAGGCUGUCCGUUCAUACUGGCGAACGGAGAUGAACAGGAAAUUCCAAGACCGACCACAUACCGAGGACGAAGAGGUGAUUGAUGUCGUCGGUGUUGAACGUCUCUGCAAGUCGCUUCAUAUCCACGGUUCGUCUUUACAGCUGCGUCUGAAGUUCCAGCAGGCCGAUUAUACGAAAUCUGGACGCUUGAAUUUCGACGAAUUUCAAGAAUUCGUCAAAUUGAUGAAGAGACGAGAGGACGUUCGGGCCAUCUAUCGUGAGAUUGCAACUGAUGCCAGCAAAGGGCUGACUUCGAACGAAUUUUUCAAUUUCCUGACAGACAUCCAAGAGGAAGACGUCAAUGCAGAUCAGCAGCAUUGGGAUGGUGUCUUUGCUAAAUUCGCUCGCCGCUCGAAAACUAAGGAACAAGCACAACAAGACCUCAUCGAUGGCGAAGUUCCUCGUAUGAACGAGGCAGCGCUCAGCAGUUACCUCAUCUCUACCUUUAACGUUCCUCUCCACAAUGCUCCAGCGCCAAACCUAGAUCGGCCGAUGAAUGAAUACUUCAUUUCCAGCUCCCACAACACCUACCUACUCGGCCGUCAAGUCGCAGGUCAAUCUAGCGUUGAGGCAUAUAUCUCAGCGCUCAACAAAGGGUGCAGAUGUGUCGAGGUUGAUUGUUGGGAUGGAAAAGAUGGACCAGUUGUUAUGCAUGGACGAACUCUGACAAGCCAAGUAUCCUUCCGCGAUGUCAUGACAACCAUCAGCAAGUACGCUUUCGUCAAGUCACCUUAUCCUCUUUGGAUUUCUCUAGAGGUACACUGCAAUCCGCUACAGCAAACCAUGAUGGCUCAAAUCAUCAAAGAGACUUGCGGUUCGAAGCUGAUCACCCAACCUCUCGAGGAUUUGUCGACUGAGCAACUGCCAACUCCAACACAGUUGAUGAACAAAAUUCUCAUCAAGGUCAAAAAGCCUCGUAUCACAUCCGAGAACGAGGUAACAGAAGUGGUAGCCGGGCGCAGUCGGGGAAGCAGCUUAAGCUCGCCAUACAUCCGACCCCAGCAAAUGGAUGGCUCAGCGGUCCCAAACGGAUUCCUAUCUAGUAGUCCUUAUCCUUCGCGAACUGCAAGAAUAAUGGGCCGGAGCCAGCCCAAAUACUCAGGCAGCGAAGGACAAGAUAGUCUUAGUAGUAGCACUAGCGAUAGUGAAAGCUACUUCGAGGAUGGUCAAGGAGCAAACCGAGCUUAUCGCAAGCACAAAACAAGUAACAUAGUCAAGGUACUCGGUGAGCUGGGAGUUUACAGCGCUGGGCUCAAGUUCCGUGGUUUCGACGAUCCAGAGAGCAAAACCUACAACCACAUCUUCUCAUUCAUGGAGAAGACCUUUGACACUAACAGCAAAGACCAAGAAGAUAGACGUGCCAUCAUGAGACACAACAUGCGUCACAUGAUGCGAGUCUAUCCUAACGGGUGGCGGGUUGCUUCUACCAACUUCGAUCCUCUCAGAUAUUGGCGACGUGGAGUGCAGAUGACUGCUUUGAAUUGGCAAACUUACGAUCUCGGUAUGCAGAUGAACGAUGCUAUGUUCGCAAGCGGCAGAGAUCAAUCUGGCUACGUUCUCAAACCAAGUGAUCUCCGCGAAAUCAAGAUGAUCCCAACUCUCCCUGAAGAAGCUGGCAUUGGCCACGUAAAGCGGGAGCGAAAGAACGUUAACUUCUCCAUCGAUGUCAUCUCGGCACAACAGCUAAUGCGUCCUCCACCCAAGGCACUGGCUCCACACCGAAGUGUUGAUCCUUACAUCGAGGUCGAGGUCUACCAUGCCGAUGAUAAGGACAAGGAUAACAAAGGUGUCAUUGGCGAAGGUGGACUCGAUGCAUCUGCCCGCGAUUCUACAUCAGGACUUGGCACUCCUCAUCGACGUCGGACACAGAUCAUUCGUGAGAAUGGAUUCAACCCGGUCUUUGACAAGAAGUUCAACUUUGACCUUACUACCAAGUAUCCGGAUCUGGUCUUUGUCAGAUGGACAGUACGAUGCUCGCAAGACGGUUUGAAUUACAACGACAAAAGUCCUAUCCUCGCCACAUACACAGCUAAGCUUAGCAGCCUUCAACAAGGUUAUCGAACUCUUCCGCUAUUCGAUGGCAACGGUGAUCAAUUCUUGUUCUCCACAUUGUUCUGCCGCAUCAAGGUUGAGCCAGUAACCAGUAUCUAUGUCGAUGGUCCAGAGGGCACCAUUGAGCGGGAAGGCGUAUUCAGAACUAUCCGUCAAACCGUCUUCAGCCGCACUCCAAUGUCACCUAAACCCUCGGUCGACAGUGGCUCUUUCGAAAGCCAAACAAGGCAAUAA